AUCUGUCAAAAUCGGAGCCCAGGGGGGGGAUCGCCAAAAGCGCUAUAACUUCACCUCAUUAUACAUUCCACCUUGUACAAUUGUAAAAUCUUGGCAACCCGGCCGAGCUGUCAGAAAAAGAUAAUAAAAAAGGAAAAUUCACGUUGUGUACGCAGUUGGAAAAGCACGUGUAAUUCUGUGUCUUAUGUCCUUCAGUUCUUAAGAGUAUUUUAUUUGACGUUGUUUACAUCUCAGAAGUGGGAUACGACAAAUUAUAGAGUGAAAAUUAAUAGCGUUGCAAAGUUUAGCGUGUCGGUCGGAAUGUUGACAAAAGACCAAAUGCUGUGCGCCCUGGAAUGCGCUAAUGUUCCUGUGUCGCCGAAUGCCACCAUUGCGCAAAUAUAUGGGAAGGAACUGGCCAUCAUCAUCAUCAUCAAACCCUUUUACAUCACACCAAGAGACUUCAGACAUAGAAAUACCUAUAUUUCUGGAUCCAAAUUCUCCAAUAGACGUCAGGGCUACUAUUACGCCAGAUAAUUUAGAACAAACUGCUGAAUUGGGGGUUUUACCAAAUACUCCAAUACAAAACAUACAACACCCAGUUAUGUCGGAGUCGUCAACAAGAAUAUCAAUCAGUAAUAUACUAAACAACCAACCAUCCAUACAACAGUUAACGCAGGAAGCUCGGACACAAUCAUCUACUCCACCAUCUUCGGUUUCACAAACAUCCCGAUUGCAGCCUUCCGAACCAUCAAACCGUCGAAAUCGACGACCUGCGCAAGUAAGAAACGGUAGAACAAGACAAAUGGCUGAAUUCCUUGAAAAUGAUGCAGAAUUGGUACAAUUGCUAAGGAAUCUGACCAAUCAAACAUCGCAGAUAACAGAUCCAGAAGCGGUUGAAAUGUCUACUGCAUUUUUACAAAUGAUGAAGAGAGUUCCAGCCGAAAGAAGACAAAAUACUUUUGGGAAGGUCCAGGAAGUAUUUGCAAAUACAUACAACCAUGACGAAGACGUAUUGAAGUAUGGAAGGGCGCUGUGCAACUUGCUACAGUUGAUGGACUCUUCAAACAGAAAAGAAACUUUCAACCAACUUCUAAGAAUUAUAAAUGAUCGUUUAGGCCUCAUCCACCAGCGCCUAAUGGAUCGAAGUAUACGUCGGCGACGCAUUAUGGUCAUAGUCAACAAUCUUGCCAAAAUUCCAGACCAUUGCGGUGUAUGCAUUAUUGCUAUGAUCUGCGUUUCAUCCCUAUAAAGAUAUAUUCGUUAAAUUAUACUCGCCAUAACGUUGUAUUUAUAUUAGACUUACAUUUUUACCGUU